AAAUAUGGUCACCAUAAAUAAAAGUAACCUGUUGCAUCUCUGAUUUCAAACUUCAGACCAACCUGACUACACUUUGUUUUUAGUCCAAAAUGCCUAUGAACACUGAGAUUCACUUACCUUUUUCACAUCAGGCUGGUGUUUGGCAUAAAAUGGGAUUGACAUCAAGUAAAAUACAACCAUGGCACUUGUGCUGCAGGCCAAAUCCUUUUGGAGAUUUUCGCCUGCAGAACCUUUUGCAGGCUGAAAAGACCUUUUUAGUGCAUUAGCAUAUCCUGAAAAUGUCUGCCAAGGGCACAUUGGUGGAAUCACAAGCCAGCUUAGCUUUUAACAUGAUAUACAAUCUUCUUGCAUAACUCUCUCUGCAGGACCUUUCUCUUGCAAGGUUACCACAGUAGAAGGUGAAAGUUUCCAAAUAAAGGAACUAAAACAAUCAUGAUGUAAUCAAACUUUUAUGAAAGCCCAGGAACAUAUCUCUGUCUUUCCCACGUAUUCAUUCAUGCAGUCUCUUCCACUAUCCCCCCUCCCCUCCCUCUGUGUUGUGUCUCUUCUCUCCCGCUCUAACUCUUUACUCUGCCUUUUGUGUAAGUGAAGCCAGGGCCUCCCAGUGACAUGAGCCCUGCUCCUGUAAAACUAAUAAUGACCGAGAUUUGUGCGGGCUUAGCAUUCUUUCUCCCUUUCAGUGCAAGACACUAGGAGUGGAGGGAGGGGUGGGGAUGGAAAGCGGAGAAAGGUCUUGGGGUAAGGUGGUGGAGGGGGGUGAGAUUGGGGGGGGAUAUGUCCUAGUUUGAGAGAGUGCAACUUGGAAAUCGUGCAAAAAGGAAGAGAAGUGAAGCACAAGAUGGAGAAAGAGAUAGAGAGGCCCCUUUCCCUGAACUGCUCUAUGCUCCCAUUCUUUGUGGGUCAGUGGCACUGAAAUAACACUGCAUCCUCUCCAAACAGGACUUUCACACACAGACACGCACAUUCAGAUGUGUUCAGAUGUGUCCAAGUAUCCCCUGCCACACUGUCGGAUAAAUCAUGCACAUCCAGUCUUUAAGAGCAUCAGGAAUGUAAACAGGGAUGGUGAACAGUUAAUAGUUUUGAAGCAUGCUGUGAAUGCAACCUCGAAGUCAACAAGUACUCUCAAACCCCACAAUUAGCAAAACCGUUUAUUUUCCCUCCUACAAUACUGCUCGCAAGAAAAACAUGAAAACACAGACCGCAAAAAAUAAAAUAUGUACCCGCUGCUCACUGACAGAGCUCUGUCAAAUCCACAUAAAGAUCAACAGAUGUGCUGCAGGAUGCAACAAGGGGGCAAAGGGGAGGUCUCACAGACUGCCCUUUCUAACACCCUCCCCUCCCUCCUUUCUCCCCUACCCCUCCUCUAUCCCAGAGACAUGUGCGCACACUGUGCCAGCACACAGUUUCAGCUCUCAGAGACUGAUGCACAGACAGCUGCUCUUUCUCCUUCCCCUCCUCUCGUUCCCCUUACUUUUCUCCUUCUUUGAUUUCUCCCCUUCACUGCCUCCUUUCUCACCCUCUGUACUUUCCCCGUCCUCCCCUCUACUUUGUCAUUCUGAUCUGCACUUUUCCUCAGGCGGAUAAAAAGGCAGGUCCUGUUGGAGGGAGAGGGCUUGUGUAAUCUCGGGCUGCACAUGAGCACCAGAGUUAUUGCUUCAGCUGGAGAAGAAACUUAUCAGAGGAGGCACUAACGCCUAAGGGACAAACUUUGGAGCUGGGAAAGGAAGAAGGAAAAGGAGAGGAGAUAAGGAGAGGACACAGACAGAGUUUGGAGUAGGGGUGGAGGACAGAGACCAUGCCGGGCUCUGUGCUGCUGCUGCUGCUGCUGUCCCUGUUGGUCCUGUCCACAGGAAGUGAUGGCAGACGGAUCAGGAAAAGAGGACUCAAUCAUAAGGUGAGACUGCAAACUUCCCUUUGGUUGUGGCUGAUUGAGUGUAUGUUUCCCCCAUAUCUCUGUUUUAUGGCUCUUUCUUAAAUUUCCUGCAAAGUGGAAGUAGGUGAAAGCUCACAGGGUUUCAGUACAAUGCCGGCUCUGUCACAGAGAGCAGCUUUCACACAGUCAGAGAAAUUCUGUGGCUGAGGUGAGAGCUGGUUGACCUGGUGUGAGCGCUUCAGUGAAGAAAAAAGCAGUGGUGAAAGUUAACCCAGUGCUUUGACCAUGAACCUUUAGUAGGACAUGAGGAUAUUUUCUUACAGAGCUGAAAGAAUGAAAGGAUUGAUACAUUAAUUUAACCAUCCUCUGAAGGAAAUGAAAAGUGAUAUGCCUCUUAAUGAGCCAUGGAAGCAAACAUCGGCAUCAGUCUUACAUAGGGCUGAAGAAAAGAUUUUGUUUCUUUUUGCAGCAAAUGUUCUCAACUGGUAAAGCAUUUAACUUUUAAUAUCAAGCAAAAUAAGAUUUCUUUCCUACAUGACAAGAAAGCAGAGAGAAAAAGUGUAUUGUUUUGUCCACAGGGGGCACCAAAAUUAAUGCAAACCUAGUGUUCUUAAAUGCUGGAAGCAACAAGUAGUUUGGCUCCUUCUUAAGGUAUUAAAUCCACCCAAGGCCACCCCUAAAGGACACCAAAGGGCUCUAUUAUUGCAUUGUUGGUUGCACUGUGAGAAGUCUAAAGGUCCUUACACACCGCAAGCAUUUUUUUCGUGCGAUUUUUUUUUUUUUCGAACCCGUAUCCUGUCAAUACAAGCGUUCACAUCAGCAACGUUUUCCCGUCCUGCGAUAUUGCAGCUUUUAUUUUUUCGUAUCACCGUCAAAUUUUCUAAGGUUUUGCAUACUGUGUGUCCACGUCUGACCAAUCAGAUUUCAUGUUGUUGCGACAUCUGAUUCACCGGUAUAGCCAACAUGGCCAACCGGCUGAUUGUUUACGUGUCGGAGAAUAGAGUGCUUUUUGAUAAAAGACACAAACAUUACAGAGAUAACGACCUGAAGGACAACUUGUAGAGAGUCAUAGCGUCGGAUUUCUCAUAUGACGAUGGUUUGUGUGUUUUUACAGUUUGCUAAACUUCUUUGUUUUAACUUUCAUCUGUGCUAAGUAGCUUUAGCUUGUAAGCUAACCUGUUCAGAUACAACGUACCAUAUGUAUUUUCACUGUCUCAAACUCAAUUGUGUUUCUGUCACAGCACCAUUAGGUCUCAGUUGUUACCUUACAUUUAUGGAUUACAGUUUAAUGUGCUUAUCUGGUACUGGCCCCGACUCAGUACAUGCUAUCAUGACAGACAGACAUCUCAACACUAGAGUCUAAUCAGAACUGAAAAACACUCAGUCUGCUGUUAUGUCACUCUUCUUGCUUCCACCCGGGACGCGUCUUUUUUCAAUGCAAAAUCGCAUCGCACUUGAUGUGUAUAGUCAGGCGCGUCAAAAUUAGCCUCUGAAUGUUUUGUAAUUUCACAGCAUAUAUUUGCGUCGUUCCCAGUGUGCAAGGACCUUUAGACUGGUUUUGAAAUAUUGUCACUCUUGUGCUAAUGCUUCAUUGUGACAAACAUUUAAAAUAAGAUUAUAGGCGACAAGUUCGGCUAUUUCAUUGACAUUAAACAAAUCGAUUAAAUCAUCGAUUAAAUUUUGCUGAUUUUUUUUCAUAACAAAUUCAGUCUAUCAAAAUAGGGGGAUGACUUGCAGAAGAAUUGCAUAAACUCACAGCAGAUUCUUUGACCAAAACACACAUUUUCAUCGCAGAAACAUCAGGAGGAUGAACCAUGGGACCUUUUGACUGUGUUGGUGUUAGAUUUGAAGUUAAAUCAAGUAAAAAGAAUACAUUUUUAUAGUAAUAUAUCACAGCACUAGAUUUUAGAGGCUUCGUCCUUUUGGUACUUGCUCAGUUCGGUGAUAAUGAUUCUGAAAUGUGGAGACUUACGGAGACUGAAUGGAGGACCUUGAACUUUUCUCAUCACCUGAAUAGAGAGAUUUCAGGGGCAGCUUUGAUUUUGUAGCAUAAAAAUCUAGCAUUGAUGGCAGAGUUGUUCUGUUUUGAUGAGCAGCAAAGGGCUGAGUUCAACAGGUUGGAAUAAGUCGCUGAUUUUCCAGUUUCCAUAUGAGUAGUCAAAGCGCACACUGGAUGCAGGACUUCAGUCAGUGUGUGUUGUGAGUGUGUAUGUGUGUGUGUUUGCUGUGGAUAAUCAGGGCAGGAACUGAACUUGCAGACUGGGCCCCUGCUUGUUAACUCAGCUCAGUUUGGCUGAUUGAUCAUCUCUAACAAGGGCUCACUGUAGCGUGCUGCUGUCUCUAUUUUCCCUCUCUGUAACCUCUGGUGCUCCAAUGUUCUCACUUUCUGACUGGUCCGUGCCCUCGUCGGCCUUUUCCCUCUCCUGUUCCCGGCCUCCAUCUCUCUCAUAUACAACAGUUACCCUUUCACCCUCUCUCUGCUCGUCUUUUUAUAUCCCCGGCCCAUCCCAGCAUAUCGCCCCAGAUUUUCUCCUCUUCAAAUCUCUCCUCUCUCUCUCGUCUCCUCUGGCUCUCCAGGAGAAACGUCUUGCUGGACUCUGCUUCAAAGCGGCAGUAAUUGGAACAUGCUGAGAAGGCUGUGCAGAUGGAGUUUGUCUCUCUCCCUCUGAACCUUUUCAUCUCUGCAUCUUUUAAUCUUUCAUUUUUCAACCACCUCCUUUGCACGCACAUACACACACACACCCUCAGCCUUAUUCACAACACUGGGUUGUGCAGAGAGACAAAUUAUAGUCACCGAGUAUUUCAUGUUGGCACUGGAACAGUGUGUCUGAAAUUUAGGGCCACCAGCAGGCUAAGAGUCUGUCUUUUAUUUGUGCUCCCUGUACUUUCCUUUCACAGCACAUCUUUUCAUCUUUAUGCAUUCAUCAAAAUAAAAUAUGAAAUGUCUAAGAUUUGACCGUACUCGUCUGGAGAUGCAUUAGAGAAUCACUCAAAUACUCACAGAUCUGUGAACGCCUAAAGCUCAGCUAGAUCACAUUGCAGGAUCAGAGACUUUCAUGAGUUUUUCUGAAAGACUCCAGCAGAAGUUUUUAGCUGCUUAUGAAAAAGACUCAAAUUUUAAUUAAUGCAUUUUUACAGCCUAUAAAAGCUAAAGAGGCCAACGGCGACAAGAGUAAGCGUGUCUAUUUUUUCACUACCUGUAACCAAUGCAAGCAAAUGAGAAAAAAAAAGUCAUUUUACCUUUACUGAUUCAGAUAUUUAUACUUAGUGCUACAUUUGACAUUUGAUUGGUGGGGGUUGCCAUAUUGCUAAUGCUGUCUAAACCAAGUCUAUUUACAAAUGGUUACAGUGUGCCUGUCGGUCAGUCAAGUCAUUCUCUGAUUUAUCGAUCUUGUAAUCUGAAUAACUUCAAUGCAAAUGUUACAAAAAACUCACCCUUGCACAGUGGCCAUUGAAAGCCUCAAGUGAAUCAGAUCAAAUCAGUUUUUUGAACCAGCCUGUAAACAUCUUGUCUUUUUUUUUUUUUGCUCUUGGCUUAAUGUGUAUGUGAUACCUCAAGCAGAAACUCAGAGAACUGCAGUUUUUAGCACUUCCCCAUCGGCCUUAAUUGACAGCUGGUUGCCGCUUGGUCCCAAUUUAGGGCAGCCUUCGAACAAGUCAGACCAGACCACUGACAAUCCUUAACCAGUCAGCCACUGUUCAUUCCUGAGUUAAGAUCAAAUAUAGAGUGUAUUCAUCUGCAGUUUGAGAGCCCACUAUUUCUUUCUCAUCAGCGUGCAAAGAACCACGAGGGAUAAACCAAACAGUGCCGCAAAGAAGGACACAUUUGGUAGCCACAUGGACACACUAAAUCUGAAACUAAAUACAAACAUAAUGUAUUGGGGUUAAAGCUGAUAAAUGUGCACAGCAGUUGAUUAUUCUGCAGUCCGGGUCGUGUCAAUGUUUUCAGGAAGUGUGGGUCAGGCUAUGUGUGUUGGCUUCUAUGUCAGGUGCAGGGCGAUCCCACAGCGUAGAUCUGACAUAGAAUCAUAAACCAAGCUUUAAUCCAGAUGGGCGCUAGAAUCAAUGCAAAGAGAAAUGAUGUUUCUACUUUCAAAUACAGACAUGAUCGAUCACACAAGAUUAAGAACACUUAAGAAGAAUUCACUUUUUUCACCGAAAUGGACCUCUCACCUUGUUCGCGUAUACAUGUAGCUGAGAAAAUCAAAUUAUUGACGUGAUCAUGUCCUCCUCACCAAAACUAGGGGGUGAUAUGGGUCUUUUCAGCUGCGCUGUUUCCAACCCCAUACGACUGUCAACAACAACAGCAGGUCUACGUCAGAAGUGGCUACAACUGCUGCUGGGAAUUUUCUAGCAAGAAGAUGGAGCAUCUUACAGUACAGCAUUGUUUUUGUUGUACAUGAUGUAUGUGCUACUUUUUCUGCAGAUGAGGUUCACGCUUCUCAUCCUUUGUGGUGUUUUUGUUCCAGGGUUACGGAGGCGUGGAGCAUGCACACAUGAAACACGAAAGUGCUGGUUACAUGGUAGAGAAAAUCGAAUUCCAAUUGCAUUAUCUGGGUGUCGUAAUUAGAGUUCUCUGACUCCAAUCGGAGAUCUUUGACUAUAGUCGGACUAAGGUGUUUACAUGCACUUAAUUUGUCUGGUCUUACUCGGAGUAAGGCAAUAAUUUGUUUUUCUCUAGUGUCAUGUAAACAUACUGACUGUCGCAGGAAGCUUUGCCUUGAGGUUUCUCCUGACUUACAUGUUCAGCAGCUUGGCAGGUUUCUGUUUGACCUACGGCUCAGGUGGUCCAUGAGUCAUAUCCGUUAUUACUAAUCUUAAACCUGGGGUUCAAAGGUCACCAGUAGCACUUUCCUCAUUCCCUUCUUGGGUUUGAGAAGAAAAUAUAACAUAAUAAAACAUUAAUGUGAGUACUUUCUACUCUUUAAACAUUGCUUGGAUAUGUACUUUAUUUUGCUGAUCUUUGUCAGGGAUGUUGUAUACACACAGAUAUUACUGUUUUCAUGAUGGUCCAUAAAGAAAAUAACACAGCUUGUUCAUUGGGUGACUACUUCCACCCAAAAAAAAUAUCUUCCCAGAAUCAGCAGUCAGGUGCAUGACACAUUAUUUACAGAUGUACUGAUGUAUAACCCGUAAAGAGGUGCAUCCCUACUUUGGCAGCUUAUUUUUUAGAAUACAAACCAUGACAGAUGUUGUAUUUUAGCUCAACAGGAGUAAAGAGCCGCCGGUCAUGUAAAGCUUAAAUUUAUGCUUCGUGCUCUGCAGAAACUACUGCACUUGUCAUAACUUCAUGAUUAAUGUUUAGGUGAGGAGAAAAUUCUUGGAGGUUUUAGAUGUUUACAGUACAUAGCUUUACAGAACAGCUGCAGCACAUAAGUCUGAGAUUCCUCCAGCACCUCUGUCCUCCUCUCUAAGAAAUCAUUGCUCCAGAUGCACAGAUUCCAGGCUCGCACAGGGAGAGAGAGAUAGAGAGAAAGAGAGAGAGAGAGAGAGAGCAGAUUAUUUUGUGUCACACAGCCAUAACACAGUCUGGCCCGGACACCUGUCUGGGCUUGUCAGUGAGUAUGAACAGUAUCUGAGGCUAACAUCGUAAGUCUCACAGUUUCAUUUAUUUGAUGUGGUGGAGGCCAAUUGAACAGCGAGGGGCCCUGCAAACGCUCAAAAACACAUGGACUUCCUGUUUAGGAACUGUAACUCAUGUCCUUUGUCCACUCCUUUAAGCAAGAAGGAUUUUACAUUCAGGUUUUACUGCUUGUACUGUUACUUUGAGGUUUGUCAAACACUUGGUCAUUUAACAUCAAGUUUAAGUUGGUGAAGAUUUACAGAACCUACAUUUUACUGUGAAGGUAGAAUCCAGCAAAAACUUCACCUAAAUCUUUGCAUGUAUGAUAAACACAAAGUCUAAGACACCCUAUGAGCUUCAUGAUGGCCUCUUCACACCAGCAUUUAAAAUGAACGUAUUUUAAGGUAGUUUGUGGUUCCCGUCAAAGAAACCAUGAGCAGUGAGUGCCUGACCAAACCGUCUGAGCUGAGUUUAACAUCUGUGAGCUUUGACCCGUGAAAUGAGGCCAUUAAUCAGUACUUCUUCUUGACAUGGCUUCCUUGUGAGCAGGCUGAGUGUUAAAACAGAGGAAUCCGCAGGACUCUGGUUUAAGGUUGCACCAUUAACUUUUAUUUUAAGGUAUUAUAUUUAAAAAUGUAGAUAUCAAAUGAUCAGCUAUUACUAUCAAUUUAAUGUCUAGAACCAACUCAUUAAACCUCAAGACAUUUAACGCUUAACUUUGCUCUGAUGAGUUAUUUACAGAGACGCAGCAUGUAUUCACGUUGAGCAAAUCACUCUACAGAGUUUAGCGUGUCACAGCAACUAAAAAAAAAACUUACUUUAAAUCAACUUGAGAGACUGAAGUCGCCACACCAGAUUGGAUGCUAAAAAUUAAAUGGUCAAUAUUUACCAUCAGGUCCUGCUAUGUGAGGGGAGUCGAAAGAUCAGCUGAUCUCUGACUCUAUGGCUUGUCUAUGGACAGUGUAAUGAAUGAGUUUAGCAUGGAGGACAUACUAAGCUCAUUUGUUAGUGAAGCAGAUUUUUGAAGCCCAUUGGUCACCAUGUGUAACACGCUGACAACACGCUGGGAUUGUCACGUGGAAUAAAACAAUAGCCAAUAAGAGCAAGCUGACUGAAGGAGCUAUGGUUACUUUAGUAAAGAUAAUGGUCCAGAUGGUCUUAACAAACAUAGCAAUGCUGGUGAAGUUAUAUCAGUAUUAGUAAGAUAUCUGUCAAGAACGAGGUAAAAUCAGAGGCAGAUGUGAUGGACUGUGAGGCCAUUAAAUACGCCACAACAUGUGGAAAGAAGUCCAGUCAUUCAAAGUAUGAUGUUGUAUUUUCUGUGUUUAAACAAAAGCCUCACUCAACACUGGCCAACAUUUGGUACAUGUCUGCAAAAUGGAAGAAGAGUAUGGAUGGCAGACUUUAGGCAGAUCUGAAUGCGUAUCUAAUGUGAAGCAUUAAGCAUACAGGUCGAAUGUGAGUCAUUGAAUUUCUUUUCUUUUUUUUAAAUUUUUUAUCUACAGUAUGGCAGCUUUCAGUGGGCGGGUAUGUGAACUUUUUGGUUUACCCACAGUCUCGUGAACUGGUGUGUGCAGCUCUAAGCAGAGCUAAUCCCAGUCAGAUGAUGUGAGCCUGCAGGUCAGAAGCACAGUACUGGAAAAAUAAAAACAAAAAGGCACAGUACUGGACUUUACAGGAGGUUACUGUCGCUCAGGAGCACAAUUGAUCACACACACACACACACACACACACACACACACACACACACACACACACACACACACACACACAUACAACACACACACACACACACACACACACACACACACACACACACACACCACAGAGAUAAAUCCUUAUCCAAGUUCUGGUUUACUAUUUCUCCUGGAUGCUCUGGUGCUUCAGACAUUCCUUGAAGCCGGCAGUGGAAAUUAUGCUCUCAGUUUUAUUUCCAAUUACAGGAAGGAAAUUCAUUUCUGGUUUGAGACUGAGAAUAUUUUUGUAUCUAUACUUUUGAAAACCCAAGUGCAGGCUCAGCCAGAGUUUGUUUUUUGCAGCAGCUGCACCACAAGAAGAGUUCAGAGCAAUCUGAUCAAGGCCAUCCCCACCAGGGCCAUGUCCUGCGGGGUGGCGAAGGGGGGCAUCUUGAAACCUGACUGGCUACUCCAAAAUUCCUACACUUUCCUAAACUCAUGCGACAAGUUGCCAGUAGUUUUCAUUUAAAUAUAGCACAGUCUUUUGCUACUAUUAAAGAUCACCUGGAGGAAUAUCUCUCAACUAAUUAGGUAAAUUUUCAGCAGGUUAGUAACAUGACUGGGUAUGAAAAGGGCAGCACAGAGAGGCUGAAUCUCUCACAAGUAAAGAUGGGACAUGGCGCACCAAUCAUUGGGCAUUAUCAUUGUGCAAAUCACUCAAUGAUAAUGCUCCUUGGUGUAAAUAUUAAAGCACUUCAGUAAUUCAUCAUCUGUAGUAUAUGAUAUCAUUUAAAGAUUCUGAGGAUCUGAAGAAAUCUCUGUACAGAAAGAAAUAAGGACCAAACCCAGUACUCAAUGGCUGUAAUCUUUAAGUAGCACUGCAGUAAAAACAGACAUGACUCUAUAGUGGAGAUCACUCUAUGGGCUCAAAAUCACUUCUAAAAUGAGCUCUGUUUGAUGCUGCGUCCACAAAUGUAGGUGUUCCAGCCAAAAUGGUCCAUAGAUCAUAUAUUAACAUGAUCCAGAAAUGCCGGUGAUUUCUCUGGGCCAGCAGAGUCUGUUUCAGGCCGACUGAGCUGAAAUGGUUAACUGAUCUGAGAUCUGUGCUGUCAAAAUUUGACAUUUUUUUUGAAAAAGUGUGGAUGUUACAUCUUCCACUUUAAAGAGGACAGGGGCAAUCCAGUUUGUAAUCAGCAUAUGAUACCAAAGCCAGCAUCCAUGAUGGUAUGGGAAUGUAUCAGUGCCCAUGAAAUAGGUAACUUACAUUGCUAUGAAAGCUCCAUUAAUGUUGAACAAUAUCCACAGGCAACAUAUGCUGCUAUCUGGAUGAUACCUUUUUCAUAUUUCAGCAGGAAAAUCCUGAAAUAUUCAGACAUCCUGCAGGUAUAACAACAGCAUGGCUCCAGAGGUCCAGGUGUUAAACUGGUCUGCCUGUAGUCGAGACUUAUCCAUUGAGAACAUUUGGUGCCUAAUGAAAUUACAUAAUUAGGGGUAGUAGUUCCUGAUGUAUAUCAAACUGUAUUUUAGCUUGAAAUGCCCAUGCCAGUGGUUGGUGGUCCUCAUCAACACAGUCUGAACACAGCCCUGAUCUUUUCCACCUCAGAUCAUAAAUGACAGGCUGGAGACACUAUUUCAGACUCUUUUUUUCCUGCACCAAUUAGCUGCUUUCAUAUCAGUUUACAUCCGUCCUGUGUGUUACGAACAUCACCACCUCACACAGGUUCAGUCUGUUCCUUUGUCUCUCAGGGUUAGACCUUGCUCUGUACGUUCCCAGAACAAGGACAUCUUCCUCUGUCACAGCUGUUCUGCUACCUAUUUAUCUGUCAGCAUGUCCCCCCAUCACUCACUAAAACACUCAUCUCUGACUGAUUUACAGGCUCUGGGUUUGUCUCACAGUAAGCCUGCUGGGUUUCCAUCUUUCUGCAGGUCAAUCUACCUUGCAGUCAAACUCAGCUACAGAGACGGGAAAUGAGUCCUGACAACCCAAAAGUUAACCAGAUGUGAGACAUGGCAGAUUUGACGCAUUAGUGUGGACACUUUUAUGAUGGAAGGCAGUCUUUCCUUGUUUAUGCAAAUGUGUGCACAACCUUGACCCGGCAGUUUUGUGCAUUUGACCAAGACUGGGUGUGUUUCUGGGUUUUAAAGUCUGCAAAGAUCUCAGUAUCUGUCUGUGAUCUCUGCGUUGAUCCAUGAACAGCCUGAUCUCAGUACAGUUGAACUCCCCAUAAACCAAAGAGCUAGGGUGUAAAACGAGAGUGAGGGGAAUGCAGACUGAAAGAUUAAACGAACAGUACAGGAUUAUUUGUUGAAGCCACAUCUUUUCAGAACUAAAAAGGAGUGGCGCAGGAAACAUUUAGGAGCUAGAAAAAUGUAGCAAAAUAGAGACAGUGAGAAAGUGUCAUACUGAGAGGGUGAGGAAAGACAUACUUGCAGACAGACAGGAACAUCACACACAGGCCCGCUGGCAGACUCUCUACAGGAGAGCGGCAAAGCAGACAGGAGAGUAAAUAAACAAUGUGGGACAUCAGAGAGAUGUGGGCAGGAUAGUGUGAUAAAGCUCAGGAUGUGAAGGAUGGCGGUCCCACUGGCAUACAAAGACAUGAAGGCAGAGGAGACGAGACAAGAGGCUUGAGAGCAGCUACAGUAAAAGCUGAAUGACAGGCAUGUAAGCAACAGCGAAGUGGAAAAUUGGUCUGAGAAUAAAUACAGUGAAGCUGAAACAUCCAAAUGCAUAAGCAAACUCAAAAUGAACAGACACAAGGGAAUAAACGGGGGGGGGGGGGGGCACACUUGACCUUCUGCAGGAGACGUUUGCAGGAGACUUAAGGAAAGGAUCGGAUGUGAGAUAAGAGGAGACGGUUGUAGUCAUUAUGUCAUUAUGCAGUCACAGGAGGCUUUGUAGUCCUCUUUCACAGAUGUAACUGUACCAGGCAAUUUUGUGAACCACUGUUCCUCCACUGGGAGCCAUGAAAGAAGAGUAAAAGACAUUAGUCUGCUGUUUAUGUACAGAAGUAACUCUCUGCAUAUAGCAUUUAUAGCAGUAAAGGGUAUGCAAUCCUUUUGUCUGAUGUUUUAUGUAUCUGAGUCAAGUCAGUAAUUGUGCAUAUGUAAAAAAAAAAAAAAAAAGCAGUUGUGUAAAGCUGUUCGUGGCUCCAGGGGGAUCUGCUCAAUCUGCCCUGAUAAAUUGCCUCAGCAACCCGCCCCUCAACCCCUGCUGGAGGCCUGCAGCACCAAGCUAGAUUCAUCUCCACUGGAAUUAUAGCACUGACCCAGCUAACGUUCAGGAAUCAGGUGUUUUGUGUCAGCCUGUUACGCCUUGUCUGCAAUGUGUAACACACAGAGGUGUAACAAUGGGGCAUGUUGGAGCCAAAUACAGGAGCUGGUUUACCUGGUCGUCCAACAUGGUUUUGGCAGCAUCGGCCAUGACGCUCUUGUUUUUACUGCUCGUCUUCUUGCGGUUGAUGAGGACGAUGCCGCCCAGCCAGCAGAUGAGACCCACAGUGCCAGCGUAGGUCAACUCCUUCUUGGCGAUCAUGGUGCAGCGAUCUGGUAAAAUCCCCAUCAAACCUGAGAAGCAAAGGGCAAAAAACUCACAGAGUUAAGGUCCUUACACACCAGAGCCGAUGUGAAUAUAGAACAUGAAAUUAUGAAAUAUUCGGAGGCGAAUUUUGAUGCGCCUGACUAUACACAUCAAGCCCGAUGCGAUUUUGCGACUUUUUGCGGGGAAAAAGACACAUCCCGGGUGGAAGCAAGAAGACUGACACAACAGCAGACUGACUGUUUUUCAGUUCUGAUUAGACACUAGUGUUAAGAUGUCUGUCUGUCAUGAUAGCAUGUACUGAGUCGGGGCCAGUACCAGAUAAGCACAUUAAACUAUAAUCCAUAAACAUAAGGCAACAACCAAGACCUAAUGGUGCUGUGACAGCAACAUGAUUGAGUUUGAGGCAGUGAAAAUACAUAUGGUAUCUUGUAUCUGAACAGGUUAGCUUACGAGCUAAAGUUACUUAGCACAGAUGAAAGUUAAAACAAAGACAUUUAGCAAACAGUUAAAGCACACAAACCAUCAUCAUAUGAGAAAUCCGACGCUAUGACCCCCCACAAGUUGUACACUCUGUUCUCCGACACGUGUAAACAAUCAGCCGGUCAACCAUGUUGGACUUACCUGUGAAUCGACGUCACAACAACACGCUAUCUGAUUGGUCAGAAGUGGACACGCAGUAUGCGAAACUUCAGAAGAAUCCGCCAUGAUCUGAAAAAAUAAAUGCUGCAAUAUCGCAGGACGGGAAAACGUCGCUGAUGUGAACGCUUGUAUUGACAGGAUACGGGUUCGGAAAAAAAUAUUGACGUCCGAAAUAAUCGCACGAAAAAAAUGGUCCCGGUGUGAAAGGACCUUUCGAGCAUGCUGGAAGUAAUUUUUUGCUUUUAGGACUGCAGUGGAUAAGCACAAAGGUGUGUAUCAGUGCAUUUCACUCAGGCACUCACUGAAUACAAAACUGCAUGAGUUACUAGUUUGUCCCUUUUGUGCUCCUGUAGAGACAAGUUAACGGAAACAAGAUGAUUUGAAUGUCAGCUGAUGAUGUGACCAUUGGAAAUCAGAGGAUUUAUGUUUUAACCCUUGUUCUCAUUCAUUCAUAAAAUGAUCUUUUAAUCAAUAUUCUUUAUCAACUUUUUAACAGCGUUUUGGGCUCUGAUACUUGUUUUUUUAUACUUAUUCUUAUAGCAGAGGACAGUGGAAUAGAGAAAGAAACUAUGAAGACAGAGGGGGAAAUAACACGCAGCAUAAGGCAGCUGGUCAGAGUCAAACUCAUUAUGCUCUCUAUGUUGGAUACACAGAGGGCAUAAUUUAAGCACUGAGCUAAACUGGCAGCCAUAACAAGCACACUUAAACUGGGGGAAAGCAUGUUUGUAUGCAUGAAUAUAAAUGUAGAUGUAUGUGUUUGCUUAUACAGAGACUCAGUUAAGUUCCAAGGGAAAUUAACCUGCCAGAUUUACUUUACAGAUUUGUCACUCUGCAUAUUUCAUGUUUCACAUUUGAUUUACUAUUAACAGAAAUUCAGCCAUUUCAGAUGUCUGAAAUAGGGAACUUCUCUUUCAAAGUAAGUUGGGAGAAAAAAUAGUCUCAGAAGCAUGCAUGAGGAAAUCAACUGCUGGCAGAGCAACACAUUUCUAUCCCAUCCAUCCACUGAAUCUUUCCUUAAGAACCAUCUACCCACUAAGAAAGCAGCUGCCAGAAGAGUUAACGGGUGUUCAGAAUGAGUGAUUCCAACACAGCUCCAAACAUUUGCUUUCAUUUUUCUGGUCAGUUUGUAAAGGCUUUCAGUGAGGCUGCCAAAUAAACAGCACAGUUUUAAUGACCCAGUGCAGCCCACAUCUAAUUGCUGAUCUUGUGUACAACUAACACCAAAGCCCCUCUCUCUCUCUCUCUCUCCCUCUCUCUCUCUUUCUCUCUCUCUUUCUCUCUCUCCGGGACGGCCUCCCAAAUGAACGGCUGGGACUGGGAGGUCAGAGAAAGUCACCCACACACAACUGAAAACAUAAACAUUCAGAUACAGACUUUGUGGCGGUUUGUGUGACACAGCAUGUGAUCCCAACUUUAUAACAACAACUUUACUGCAAUGGCAAAUGAGUAACAGAGACCAGAUUUUUUCCCUUAAUAUUUCUGCCGUUCGCAGAUUUGUAAGAGUGACACAUUUUCAAGAGCAUGUAAUUCCCCCAGCCCUUUUUGUUUGUGAGAAAGAAUUUAUAGGUAAAAGAAAAAUGUGGCAAAACAGUCUACAUAUACAGUGCUCAGCAUAAGAAAACCUUUAGUUUCCUUUCAAAAUCAACAUUUUCUAUGUCAGACUAUACAACAAAAUACUCCCCAAACGUAGGCUAUUGAUUGCAAACAAGAUUUUUUUAAGUUGCAUACAAAAAACUUACAUGUAUAGUGCCCAGCAUAAGUCAGUACACCCCUUAAUAAAGGUAAUGUAUUACUCAAUAUCUAAAUGUACAAAGUUGGGAUGCUGUGGAAAAGAGCUGCAUCACCUCCUCCUUUAACAACACUGUAAAUGUCUCAGUAGCUAAGGAGACCAGAUUUUGGAUUUUAAAGAGGAGAUGCUGCUGGACAGUUCAUGGUCUCAUCUCGUGAUGCUCCAAAUGUUUUUUAAUGGAGGACAAGUUAGGACUGCAGGCAGGCUGGUUCUGGCACCAAGACUCUUCUACUACAGAGCCAUGCUGUUGUAAUCCCUGUUGUCAGAAUUUGGUUUGUCAUGCUGAAAUAUGCUGCUGAAAUAUGAAGGUCUUCCCAGAAAAUGUCCUUGUCCGGAUGUCAGCAGAUGUUGCUCCUAAACCUGUAGAUAUUGUUCAGCAUUAAUGGAGCCUUCACAGAUGCAGAAGAUACCCAUGACAUGGACUCUGGUGAUCCCCAUAUCAUCAGGGAUGCUGACUUUUGAACUGUGCUCCAAUAACAAGCCAAUAACAAAACCAAUAACAGCAUAAGGUCCAUGAUGUCCAGAAACAAAAGCUUAAUUUUUGAUUUGGCAGAUGACAGACAUACCUUCACCGAUGAGUAAACCUUUUAAUUCUCUAUGUAAAUAUUUUACAAUGUGUUAAUUUCUUUGUAAGUGAAGUUCUGUAUAAAACGUAGUGCCAGGAAAAAGGUUUAAGAGCAUUUCCCAGGCUUGAACAGACUCUUAAAUUUACUCAGUUUCUAGCUGGUCCUCUUGAGUCACAAUGGAAAGGUUAAGGUAAUCUUUCAACACAAAGAUGUAAGAAGAAGAAAAAAAAUUCCUCCGGUUUUGUGAAGUUUGAUAACCAAACAGCUUUGUACUCUCCAGUGCAGAGGGAAUUCAAUAAGUUUAAGACCAAGGAACUGCCCUAUAUUAUAAACAUCUCUAAGUGGGUCCUUGUUAUAGUUUUAGUGGUUUCUGUGGAGCUGAUUUCAGACCAACCUGUAAAGUUUGUUAAUUGCUGUUUGUAGGAGUUGGAAGAGAACAAAGGAUACUCGAUCACACUACAGCUUGUUCAGCAUAAACAAACCCAUUGCAUGAGAAAACAUGAGUAAAUGUUUAGUCAGAGGCCAAUGGGAUUAGGUUCUAAUUUUCCCAGUGUGUGAAUAACCCAGAACAAUGAAAAUUUGCUUACUCUGUGGCGCAAAACUGGUGAAAUUUAACACCAACAUUGUGAAAGAGCAUGAACCCACACACCAGUAAGCAUGAAUCAACAAAGAGCAAGAGCUUGGUAAAAACUAUAAAACCCACAGAGACCAUGGCAGUGAUACAGAUCCCAUUAUGUUAGCCUCUACAGAGCAGAGCCAACAACCUUCUAAGCAUUUACACGAAAUGUGCACAGAGGCCAAAACUUUGAGUUGCCAAAGUGAGUGAAGUGUGUCUUCUCUUGGCUUCGGGACCUGUGGCCUACUUUCCUCCUCUCUAACUCACCAGGGAUUUGUUAUUUUCUCACAGCGAAUCACCUUCUCUAUCCAGGUCAAGACGUUAGCAGGCAGGCAUGCAUACUAAAGCCAAACCUUCAGUGUCUCUGCUGCAGCUCUGCAGUGCUGGAUAGAGAUCACGGAAAUCCACUGAUGCCCUCUUGUGGUUAAAAAGUGCACUCUGUUUUGCAGUUCCAUGGGGAAAAGACUUUCAAAAACAGUUGAUUAAAAAAUAUUAUCCUUUUAUUUUGCACCCACUAUGUUAAGGGUCGGUUUUGACCCAUAUCUUAAAUCAGCUGUAAAUCACACUAAAAUCAAUUCUCAAUAUCCAAUUUGGUUCUCAUUGCUAGGUUAACUUUUAGGCUUCAUUAUCCAUGAAAAUAUUGCUUAUGAUAUUUUUUUGUUGUGGGCCUCUGGGCCUUUCUUUGUCAGUAUACCCCUCAAACAGACAUCUAUACUGAAUUGAUCUCACAUGUUUGGACAUGCCUGAUGUGGUUUUUUGUGCAGGGAAAAACAUGACAAAGUGAGGAUUAAUCUCACAUGAUUGGAAGAGGAUCUGAGUGUCAGUGCGGUGCCUGACAGUGUACAUAUGGUUUAAGUUUUCGCUCUAUCAGAUAUUAAUAUAAUCGGGUUGACAGCGACCCUAACAUGACAUAAGAGCACUUUGUAAAUUGGUCAAUUUAUUUAUUUAUUUUGCUGAAAAAGAGGUUCCUGACGAAAUCAAAAAAAAAGUCUUGAUGCAAAAAAAGGUAAUUUAAGUGAUUCUUUUAAGCAUUUAAAACAAAAACAGACUCUAACACAGGAGGAGGGUUAAACUACUUCAAGCUAAGGUUGUAUUUUGGGGGAGACCCGAAGAGCUUGAAAGUAGUCUCUACUGUUUUUAGAAUGGUGAUGUGUAUGUAUAACCGUCCAGCAGCCAGCCAUAUACAUAUAAUUUAAGCUUGGUGACUGAACUACUUAUCUCCUACUUUAUUUCACACUUUGAAUGUAAUUUGACAAUAGACAUGGUUACAGAUGCAGAAACAAGAAAUACACAACAGCAAAACCAACACUUCCUUUGCACCAGCUUCAUUUAGCAUCCUUCAACAUUGUUACAUCUUUCUUUUAUUCAAAAAUCCAUUUAUCUAUUCAUUCAUUCAUUCAUUCAUUCAUUCUUUUGUUCAUUCAUUCAUUGAGUGUCAUAGUUAAGUCUCCAAACCUCUAGUCCAAGUUGAGUCUCAGGAAGUAGUGAAGCAGUGAUUGCAGAAGGUCUCGCCCCACCCACUUGGCACUUACACCCACCCAAUCAGAUUGUUGCUGGUAGUGUGCAUGUUGGUGCUUUUAUUUAUCUAAAUGAUCUGUAUUAACGUGAGUAUUGUAUUAUCCUAUUUUGGUCAACAUUAUGUUUGUCAGCACCUAAUAAUGACUGAAUUCAUCUCCCAGGACUACGAGUACCCAAACCACCCUCAGUCCACACAGCACCAGAAGAACGACCGAUGUCCUCCGCCACCUCAGAUGCUUCCAGAGAGAGCCUGUGAGGUCCCAGGCUGCCGCUCAGACUCUGAGUGCGAGCGCCAUAAACGCUGCUGCUACAACGGCUGCAUCUACGCCUGCCUGGAGUCCGUCCAGCCGCCUCCAGGUCAGAACAGGAGUGUUUGAGGUUAUACUGCAGAGACAGAAAACCUUCAGUUUUAAAUUACUUCAAGCAUGAUAAUAGUUACAAUACAUAUGUGUAUUUUUUAGGUAAAAGCAUUGAUAAGUGAUGAUAUAUGAAGAUUAAAUUUUACAUGUGUUUUGGUCAGUGUUGGACUGGCUGGUGCAGCCCAAACCUCGGUGGUUGGGGGGUAAUGGCUGGCUGCUGGACGGUCCUGAGGAGGUUCUGCAGGGUGAGUUCAGUUCACACAUCUAAGCACCAGGUGAUCAGUUUACAUUAGUAAACCACAUUUUAAGAUUUUAAAUGCUUCAUAGCACUGGUUAUUCCCUGAUACAAAGUUUUACUGAAUGCAAAACACCAGCUGUAAAAGUCACAUGUCAGCGUCCAUCAUUAGCAGAAAAGGCUUUGUUAUUUUUUGCGCUUUCCGUGUUCAAAAUCAGAUCAAAAGCCUUCAAAAUACAGCAGAGAUCAAUUUUUCCACUGUUUACAGGAUAAAACUCAAAUAAAAACAGGUCCACAUUAAUAACUCUUGUCUUUGUCUGGACUGGAAAACAUCCAAACAGUUAUUCUCCUGUGAGCAAAGACUCCUGCAGCUUUUAUAAAGUUUGCAGUAUUGGCAUUCUCAUCAGGAGAGAAAAAAAAUCAAUACAAGGAGUGGAGAUAAAGAAGUAGACUGACAGACUGAGCAGAGGCAGGUAAACAAAACUGAAACAGGAGAGCGUAAAAGCCACAGGUGAACCCUGGUGUAGAUGCUGUUUAGGGGGUUUUCUAACUCGUGGUGUGUUCACUCUCCACCAGCUGAGGCUUGCAGCACAACAGAGGAUGGAGACGAGCCUCUUCACUGCCCAACAGGCUACGAGUGCCACAUCAUCAACCCAGGAAAUCCUGCAGCAGGCAUCCCCAACAGAGGCCAGUGCAUCAAGCAGCGAGGCAACUCCGGUAUGGCUGGAUUAUCUCUGGGCUCAGCUAUUCAAAAGCAAUCUGAUCAGACUCAGGUUAAAUCUGGUUAAGAUGUAGGAUUUGAUUACUUGAUCAAGUAAUUCAUAAUCCCUAUCGUAAUUUCAUGAUCUGAUCCUAUAUAUGGCAGCUCUAUUAUGAUCAGACACAGAAUUUGAUCAUCCUGUUGUCCGCCCAGUCAAGUAUUUAUUUGUAAAAUCAGAAGAAAAGUAAACUGCAUCACUUGAUUCUGAAUAUAAAAAGAGAUUACCACCUUGUAUUUUUGUUCUCUGAACCCAGGCUGCUUCUGCACAUCAUCUACCAUCUUUAUUCUGCUGGUAUUUUACACAUUAUCUCCUGUUAAUCUGCUCUUGCUGGUUCUUCCCUCCAAAGCUUGAGCUCUUGUGGGGCACCAGGAGAAGGAGGCAGGAUGCCACACAGUGCCAGCAGCUGUCUUUUAGUCUGGCUUAGACUUCUCUGGCAGAUAACAGGAUGUUAGACGCCAAGUUUCUCCUGUUAAUAAGUCCAUAAAUAAUAUACAAAUUGGACUGACCUGGCAGCAGAGUACAUCACCUCAAUUUAUGGUGUGCCCGGAGCUGUUGGCAGAAAUAUAAAAAGAUGAAAAUCUGAGAGCUUAUUUUUAACCCAGUGAACCUCUUUAGUGUAAUAUUAAGAACCGAAGUGCAGUUUGUUUGAUGUGGAGAGUGAAUGUCAUUUUAGUUUCUUUGAAUCCACAGAUGGACGAGGUCUGAGGCACAAAUACUACAAGGACUACAAGGACUACUUGGGUAAGUGAGGUAAAGUAGACAACCUGAAAACCUGCACUUUAACUGAAUCCAAAAACGCUCCAACCUGCCUGACAUCGAGGUGUUUGUUUUCCUGACAGGCACCAGCUCCAACAAUGCAGUGGGCUAUGAAAAACAUCAUCACAAGCACCUGCAGGGAUAAAGUACGUCUGAAUCAACAUCAUUAAAACCUCCCUUUAGACUCCUCCUGAUGUGUUUUUAAUGUUUGUUUUCAGAUCAACCCUGACCUCAGCCUCAGCGACCACUCUAACACAGCCUCAGACAUCAUCACACUCCUCUUCAUCUGGUCCCCUCACACAUGAACCAAGAUCAAAUCUGAUCUUUUUACCAGAGCUACAGCGGCUACCUCCUCUUUGCAAACUCUGUCUUGCAGUCGGUGCUAAAACAUGAAACCAUUUCUCUUCUUGCAGAAAACAACCAAAGAAAUAAGUGCUUUUUCUCCUCCUCUGCGUGCAGGAAUCUGAACCAGAGGAGAGGCGACACCAAAGCUGUUUUCCCUUUAAACCCUUUGUUUUCCCAAAAGACUCUUAAAAAAUAAGGGCUGCAUGACUUCUUUUUUUCCUUUUUGUUGUGACUUUACACUCACACAAACACACUCUGCACUUUUAAAGCCAGUUGGCAGAGAAAAUCAGGACCAUGUGGCCUCUUUGACUCGUUUUGUCAUGGGACAGUGCUCAAAUUUCCUGAUCUGUAAUAGGAAGAAAAAAUAGGUCAAAUUCCAGUUGAAUUAUUGUGCAUCUUCAAAUCAAAUCCAAAUGUGGGUUUUAUAUCCUGACAAAUAACUCUGAUUGAAAGGAAUAAAUACCAUUUAGUAUUUACAUUGUUUUUAAAAGUCUCUAACAGCAAACAGAUGCUACUACAAUAGGAUAAAAUAGUUUACCCAAGAGGCAGAUUUAGUGAUUCUACAGCAACAAAGACGGAAACCUUAGGCUUAUACUAAGUUUUGUUUUUGUUUGUUUUUUUAAAAAAGAAGGUAUGCCCCCAGACGGAGGUCGAUUUAGGUGAAAAUGUCCUCUUAAAGGGAAGGUUUGUUGUCUUGAAGUGGGGUUGUAUGAGAUUCUUUUCAGUAUUAAGUGUACUUUCCACAAAGAUCCUGGAUAGCUUGGCCUUUUUGAUGAGAACUAGCGCACAAGUCAGGAGAUUAACUGCUGCAGACGGUGCCAGCUUGACCACGUAACGAAGCUGAUUUUAAGAAAUAUUCAUGUGGGUGUCAAUGAAUGCUUCAUUUAAUUUAGUGCUUUACUUGUAGGAAGCAGUAUUUAUGUCCUCUGUCUGCACAAACUGAUCAGCUAAUUAGGUCUGUCAUGUACAUGUCACUGAUAUCAUAUGAAUUUGAUAUUUUUGCACCUAAGUUAGUCAUAAUUUUUAACACACCGAAUGCUGAACAUUAUCAGAAUGACACAGAGAUGUGGGUCUUACCCUCCAGCAGCAGACUUAAAGUAUUUCAGUGAGUUAAACCAACUGCUUGGUAGAUAUGCAACAAAAAAGUUGUUUUGGUUGUUUUCUUAACAAAGGGGCUGAGUGAUACACUUACUAUGAACAAGCACAAGUACAACCACACUUCAAAAAACUCCCAAACUAUCUCUUUCACUCCAGUUCUUUCAGUAGUCUUCAUCCCCUUUGUGGUUUUGGUUAUUUAAAGGAUUCUGAAUGAUCACUCUGUAUAACUUCUCCCCAGUCUUUUAUAUCUCAUACAACAGAAAUAAAAGUUUCUGCGGAUGUUUGAAACUGGUCAAAGAUCUUUUGUUUCAAAUGUCCUCUGCUUGACUGUUCAACUCAAGCUGUCUCUCUUCAAAUGGUGCUAACAUUUCAUUGCUGCAGACAAUAACAGAACAAUAAGCUGGUCUCAUAAUAAGCUGAAGUUGUGAAACUAAAGCUGUGUGCACAAUUAAAAGUGAUGUCUGAAUAAAGCCUUCUGACUGGUGCUGUAACAUUGUUCUCAUUAAAACACAUCUUUAAGGUCUC